GAUUUUUAUAAUGCUUUGCCCUACUUGACUGGACUGGAUUAAGACAGGAGGAUGGUUUUAAACAAUCUCAGGUUAAUUGUGCUGGUUGUCAUAUAAAUAUGGAGCGGCAGGAGUUAGGCGGGGAGAAAGCCAGUAGAAGUUUUUACACGUCUGCCUUUGGAGCGCACUCGAGUCGAUCUUCGUCUUAUCUGCUGUCGGAUACACCGAGCUCUCUGAGCCCCGAGCCUCUAUCUCCUUACGUAUCCUUACCCAACACAGCGUCUUGUACCAACUCGCAAGUUACUUUUGGGUGCCACUUCGCCAACAGUUUCUACAGUUGCAAAGCUCCUCCAAGCGCAGUGUUUCAGCAGCGAGUCAUGAACCACCACAGUGUUAAUGGGAAAGUAUAUGGACACUUGGCUGAUACCCAAGAUGUGGUGGAUUUCAGUAGAGCCGCAAUACACUGCAGUGAAGGUCCGACCAGGGUUCGGGACGUUGGUGUGUAUCAGGGCUAUGCAGGACCCUAUAGGAUCCCUGGAUAUAUUGAUGUCCCUGUAGUUCAGUGCGCCAGGACCAGAGAUCACAAACAUGAAAGUCCUUUCGUAAUGGAGGACUACGAGCCCUGGAACUGGUCGACCAGUUGGAGCAACCAGAUUUAUUGUCCGAAAGAGCAAGCGGCCAGCCCGCAUAUCUGGAAAUCGUCACUAACAGAAGACGCAGCGCCUGAUACCGGCCCUUUUCUUCGGCGCGGGAGGAAGAAACGGGUUCCAUAUACGAAAUUGCAGCUGAAGGAACUCGAGCAUGAAUACACCGUUACAAAGUUUAUUACCAAAGAAAGGCGAAGACGGAUAGCGUCCUCCACUAACCUGUCAGAGAGACAAGUCACUAUAUGGUUUCAGAAUCGCCGUGUUAAGGACAAGAAAAUAAUUUCCAAAAUAUCUAAAGACUUUGAAUCUUUUUAAUGAAUUACCAUCUAAACUAAUUUUAUACUCAGUUCAACUUUGUUAAUGGUCUGAAGCUCCUUAUUUAUAGAAAAGUGUCCUAAUGUGCUGUAAGUUUUAUUGCUCCAUUUUAACAGCUUUAUAUAUAUAUAUAUAUAUUAUUGAAUGAUUAGUGUUAUUCUGCAAGCACCUCAAUUGUUUUUCAGACACAUAAUUUAAAGGGUUAAGGCUACUGAAGACAUCUAUUAUAUUAUACGCUAUAUGGUAAUCCUACAAUAUUAGUUUAUUUUGUGGUGAGGCCAGUCUGGAUUCCUUAUGUACACUUCCGUUCUGUUUGUGCAGAUGUUAACAAUGAUUUGCUUCAAUGUUUUCCCAAUAAAAUGUCAUUGCAUCA